AUGGCGGGCGGCAUUCGCAAACAGCAGCCCGCGGCUGCAGAGAAGAAGGAUGAGUCUCAGAAGAAGAGGUCCCCGAACCGACUCAUCGUCGAAGAAGCCAUCAACGAUGACAACAGCGUGGUGGCGUUGAACCCUGCGAAAAUGGAGGAACUCCAGAUUUUCCGCGGCGACACCGUCCUGCUCAAAGGGAAAAUGCGACACGACACCGUCUGCGUCGUCCUGGCUGACCAGGACCUCGACGAGGGAAAAAUUCGCCUCAACAAAGUCGUCAGAAAAAACCUCAGAGUCAAGCUCGGCGAUAUGGUUCACGUCAGCGCAUGUCCCGACUGCCCGUACGGCAAGCGCAUCCACGUGCUUCCGCUCGACGACACCAUCGAAGGCAUCACAGGCAACCUGUUUGAUAUCUACCUCAAGCCGUACUUCAUGGAGGCGUAUCGCCCGGUCCGCAAAGGCGACCUUUUUCUCGUUCGCGGCGGCUUCCGCCCUGUCGAAUUCAAGGUCGUCGGCGUCGAGCCCGGCGAGUUCUGCAUCGUCGCGCCCGACACGGUCAUCCACUGUGAGGGUGACCCCGUUAAGCGCGAAGAGGAGGAGCGCCUAGACGAAGUCGGCUACGACGACAUCGGUGGAUGCCGCAAGCAGAUGGCUCAGAUUCGUGAAAUGAUCGAGCUGCCCCUGCGUCAUCCGACCCUCUUCAAGACGCUCGGCGUGAAGCCCCCCCGCGGAGUUCUUCUCUACGGACCGCCAGGAAGCGGAAAGACUUUGAUUGCUAAGGCCGUCGCCAACGAGACUGGCGCGUUCUUUUUCCUCAUCAACGGCCCUGAGGUCAUGAGCAAGAUGGCUGGCGAGGCGGAGAGCAACUUGCGCCGCGCGUUUGAAGAGGCGGAGAAGAACGCACCUGCGAUUAUCUUCAUCGAUGAAAUCGACUCGAUUGCUCCCAAGCGCGAGAAGACGAACGGCGAAGUCGAGCGGCGCGUCGUCUCGCAGCUCCUCACGCUCAUGGACGGUCUCAAAGGCCGCGGACAGGUUGUCGUCAUCGGCGCGACUAACCGCCAGAACUCAAUUGACCCCGCUCUGCGUCGCUUCGGGCGCUUCGAUCGCGAAAUCGAUAUCGGUGUCCCUGAUGACAAUGGCCGCCUGGAAAUUCUCCGCAUCCACACGCGCAACAUGAAACUGUCCAACGACGUCAAGCUCGAGGAGCUCGCCGCCAACACUCACGGCUUUGUCGGUGCGGAUUUGGCGCAGCUGUGCACGGAGGCCGCGUUGUCCUGCAUCCGCGAGAAGAUGGAUUUGAUCGACUUGGAAGACGACACAAUCGACGCGCAGGUGUUGAACAGCAUGGCGGUCACGCAGGAACACUUCACCAGCGCGCUGCAAUGCUGCAACCCGAGCAGCUUGCGCGAGACGGUUGUGGAAGUCCCCAACGUCAAAUGGGACGACAUCGGUGGGCUCGAAGACGUGAAGCGGAACCUACAGGAGAUGAUUUUGUACCCGAUCGAUCACCCAGAGAAGUUUGAGAAGUUUGGCAUGAGUCCGAGCCGCGGUGUGCUUUUCUAUGGGCCCCCGGGGUGCGGUAAGACUCUUCUCGCGAAAGCCGUCGCCAGCGAAUGCUCCGCGAACUUUGUCUCCAUCAAGGGCCCUGAGCUCCUGACCAUGUGGUUCGGAGAAUCCGAGGCGAACGUCCGCGAAGUCUUCGACAAGGCGCGCGCGGCGAGUCCGUGCGUGUUGUUCUUCGAUGAGUUGGACUCGAUCGGCACGCAGCGCGGCAACUCGCUGGGCGACGCGGGCGGCGCCGGCGACCGCGUGAUGAACCAAAUGCUGACGGAGAUCGACGGCGUGGGUCCGAUGAAGAAUCUCUUCUUCAUCGGCGCGACCAAUCGCCCGGAGCUCCUCGACGAGGCGCUUCUUCGCCCAGGCCGCCUCGAUCAGCUGAUUUACAUCCCGCUGCCUGACCUGCCGGCACGCAUCAGCAUUCUCCAGGCGACGUUGAGGAAGGCGCCCGUCGCGAAGAACGUGCCGAUUCCCUUCCUCGCGCAGAAGACGGCAGGUUUCUCCGGUGCUGAUUUGGCUGAGCUGUGCCAGCGUGCGGCGAAGGCGGCGAUCCGCGACGCGAUCGCAGCGGAGGAACUCGCGCAAGUCAACGUGGGGAGCGACGGCAUGGAGGCUGAGGAGGAAGAUAAGCCCGAAAUCAUCUACGAGAUCACGCGCAAGCACUUUGAGGAAGGGCUCUCAGGCGCGCGCCGCAGUGUGUCUCAGACGGAUUUGACAAAGUACGACAACUUCCGCAUGAAGUUCGACCCGAUCUACAAGAACCAAGCCGCUGGCGGCGAUGCGCAGGUCCUCAUCGACUGGCCUGAGGACAACGCCAACGACGCAUCCGGAGGGGUUGUCGGAGCUGACGGCGGCGACGACGACGAUUUGUACUCGUAG